AAGAUGGUCUCAACAAGGCAAAUGACUGGUGCUACAUCAGAAGAAUCCAACCUACAUCUUUGUCGUACAGUACCGACAUCAUCGACUUCUAAUGUGUCCCCGAACGUCGUGACGAUCACGUCCACCGUGAAUACUAAAGCGGCUUGCCCACAACAAAUCCACCAGCCGUCGUCUCUUACUUCAUACGGGGCCGUGUCUUCCUGUUCCAGUAAUAGUUUGAGCAACGUUGGCUCGUAUGUCCUUUCAAAUGAUCAACAAGUUCACCAGCGUCAAGAUAUAAACCUUAUGGACUUGCCGACUGAGAUAUUGGGGCACAUAUUUUCAUUCGUAGGGUAUAAAAAAAUAGCCCACAUGCGAGUGAUAUCUCGCCAAAUGAAUAAAGUAUGCUGUUCAAUUUUGAAUUCAACAUUUCAAAAACUACAAAAUCAAAUGCAUGCAAGGUUUCAAACAGUAAAAGCUAAAAUGCCGCGCAGAGAAUCUGCCCGAAGAAAUCAUCCAUUAGCUUGCGAAUGUGAUAUCCUAGAGACAUGCUAUAUGCGCCUAUCAUUACUACAAAUGACAUUUGGCAAACAUAUCGAAAGGAAGCAUUGCUGUUUUUUCCCUGGUGGGAUUCUAGAUGAGGUGUAUUCGGUGUUAAAUUACAUUCGUACAUCACCAUCCUUGGAUCGACCCUUCAAAGUGACGGAUGAGCUAUUUGAUCUCUCCACAAUGGCUAUGGAAUAUUUCAAGGAGCACAUAGAGCCAAAUUUACCUGACAUUGCAUAUUUCACUAAUAGUACAAAAUCUUUUGCGGCCCUGGAAACGUCAUCGUCAAUCCUCUCCCGCGAUACAUCACAUUCUAAUACAUCGUCCCCUCCUCAAAGCAAUAUGGUGCUGCGGAAAGGCAUACGUAAGAUCAAGCAAGGCAUGAAACGGUACAAUAAUCAGUUGACGGUUUUACGCAGUGAAUUGCGUACUUGUAAACGAAAAGCAACCGAACAGGCCAAAACAAUAACGGAACAACAAAAACUGUUAGCCGAACAACAAAAACAAACACUUGAAUUUGCUAAUAGACUUGAUGAAACCGAUAAAAAGAAUGAUGAACUCUCUAGAAAAUUUUCAACGGUUCUACAGGAAUUGAAUAAAUGCAAAACUGAGCUACAAUAUUGGCGUUCAAAAAGCCCAGCAACAACGAACACAUACGGGCAAGCAGUUCCUUCGUAUGAGCUGCAGACCCUGGGUAGCCAAAGUAUGGUAUCGUAUGACAUCGAUUUAUUAUCCAUCGGUAUUGGUCGUAAUGUUGCUACUGGAAAUGCAGAAGAUAAUAGGAAAAAAGACGACCCAGGACAAAAUAAGGAUAAACUCGAACAUAAUUCUCAAUUGCUGAGAGCGAAAGGAGCGGAGUCGCUUGUGCUUUCGGAACCUGCAGAACUACUUCCCCCCGCAAUGUUGACGAAGCCAGGAUUGAAGAGGAAAUUGGAGUGUGUAACAGCGACGACAGAAAACUACAAUAGUGAUGGCACUAAUGACAAGGAUUCAGCACGUUUGGAUGGGCUGGUGUGUCUUAAUCCCCCAUUUGCAUCGGCAUCACUUGCAGCAUCCUAUUCAUCGUCAACUUCAUCAUCAGCAAUGCACGCAUCGGCGGCACUGUCAUGUCCAGAUGAUGGAAGUAUGGUCAUGUCGUCCGUACCGUUGCCUUUGGUAGACAACAAAAUGACGUCUAGUAGUACUGAAAAUUCUGCGGGUUUCGGCAUAGUGUAUUGCAGUACCGACACAUCGGGAGAGAUGAAUGAAAUGCAAAAUUUUACCAGCACAACGCAUGAUGAUAGUUCUUAUGAAACAAGCUUGCCCUUUGCCUCAGUAAAAACCGUUUUCAACAACACAAAAGCCAUUCACCAACCCAAUACCAAUCACACUUUGAAUCAGAAUAGUGAUAGCAGUAACAAUAGUAGUAGCUUUAGUAGUAACGUUGAUAGCAAAAAUGAUAGCACUAGUAACGAUAAUAACGCUAAUAUUCAUAUUAAAAAAAUACGAAGAGUACAAAACAAAGCUAGAUCACAAAGUUAUAAUAGAAACAGUAAUCUUAAUGCAACAGUAACCACGCAUACUAAAACCACCAGAAGCAAGCAGUUGGAUAAACAAAUCGGAAAUUAG